GUCACUCUCUCACAGCUAAAGUUAGCAGGGGUUUUCUUAUGGAUCUGUCUUACCCGAGCUGAAAUCUAGUGGAAACCCAGAAGACAGCAGAGAGGGGAAAUAAAUCUGGAAUGGGAUGUUCAGCAAGCACAUAUGGAUGUGAUGGUCAGGGGUCCAGACAUUUUUGGCUGUAUAGUGUAACUUUAUUGUAGACUAGUUUUCCUUGCUGAAUUUUUAGAGCUGUCACAGUGAACUGAGUGAACAGCUCCAGGGUCCCAGGGUCGCAGGUUCGAUCCUGGGCUUAGGUUACUGUCUUGGUGGAGAUUGUGUGCAUGUUCUCCCCCUGUCUGCGUGGGUUUCCUCCUCCUCCUAAAAACAUUAGGUGGAUAGAUUGGCUAAGAUAAAUUGCUCCUAGGUGUGAAUGAAUGUGUGUGUGUGUGUGUGUGCAUGGUGGCCCUUAUGGAUUUGCGUCCCAUCCAGGGUAUUGUCAAAAGCCCCUGACCUUUUUGUAGAUUGAACACGGUUCACUUCACAAAUAAAAUAGGUUUUAUGAGUUUUAAUUUGUUCUCCCAGUACUAGAAAGUCGUCUGUCCGUGUGGUAGAUUACCACUUACUCCUCUCCUCACACGUUCAUUCGGCUCCCUGCACUUCUGAAGCCCUGGCUUUAUGGGUCAGGUAUUUAAUCAGCCUGCUGUGGAACAGUUCCUGUUCUGGCCGCCAGGGGGUGCUGCUGUCAGUCUGCAGGUUUCAACAACCGCGUUAAACAGCAGGCAUUAUUAACAAUAAUACAACUGUUCAGCGAAAUUGAGAAUUUAAUUCUAACUUCUAAGCUUAAUAACUCUUCACAGUUUACAAUGUCACUUUUUAAGUUUGUAGUUUUGGCGAAAUUAAAUAACUUGAAUCAAUAAAAUAUACGUCAUAAAUGUAUAAAUACACUUACAUUAUUCAGAGCGGUGUUGCUGUAAAUGACUAUCUAGCUAACUUACUAGCUAGCUAUUUUAUCUAGAUUUGAUAUAGCCAUAGGCAAAUGUCUGAUAACAUCUGUUACUGUGGUGGUAUCUAGUGCUGGCCAAAUCAGUUGUUCCUACUUGAGCAAGCUAUAAUUAAUAGUUAAAUCAGAGAUUGGUUGGCUAGCUUGCUACACCUCAGUUAAUUCAUCACUUUGUCCUAAUGAAUAUGUUUGUAGCCUUGUAGCACAUUGCUUGCAGUAUGCGUCAUAUAAGCUAACAGCUUACACCAUAAUAUAUGUAACCCUGGGUAAAUAUGGGUUACUAAAGAUAUUACUGAUUGACAGUAUCUUUGAUUAAUAUCUAUGUACAUGUUUCAACAGGACAAGGUUUGAGUUUGUAUGUAACUGUCUCUUUAAGAGUGAGAACCCCUUAUUAUAAUGUUUGUAUACUGAUAUGGUUGAGCAAAGCUAUUCCUAUCUGAUUAGCUGUAAAAGUUGUGGUCCCGCCUCCCAUACUGGAAGGAGGAUUCUGAUUGGAUGGUUGAUUUAUCAUUCAAGGGAAGAACAGGUGAAGCGGCGGAGGAGAACGGUUCCGCAAGUUUUCCUCCGUUGAAAAAAACUCUUUAGUGAAGUUAUUUUGUUUGUAUGCUGGGUGUUUUCACUUUGGAAUUCACUGUGUGAGUGUUUUUAAUACAUUUAGGUGUUUAUUUUGAGUAUUUUAUGUGAGUUUGUGAGAUUUAGUGUCGCGCGAGACGGCACUUGCCGUGUUUGUUUAUGUUUGAACGGAAAGUUGGUUAUUACGGUUAACGGCGGAUGAACUGCAGAGAGAGAGAGAGACGGGAGUGAGUGGGCGUGGUUCGGAGGAGGACAUCACUGACAUCAUUGGAGGACAGAUCCCAGGUAGAGCCCUGAUCUCCUCGCGAUCGAGAGUUCCUCUGGCUCCGAGGGAGAGGAGACAGCGAUUCAGAGGAGGCUGCAGUCGCACCCUAGCAACGUCUCAGGCCUGCAUCGCUGGUGUUGGAGAAAUGGAAAACAGGACACUGAGAGGUUAUUCCCAAGUACUCCAAGCAGAACCACCAAAAACAACUUUGUUCAGAAAAGAGAAAAGAGGUAUAACAUACAGAAUCCCAGCUCUAAUCUACAUUAAUGAUGGCCAAACUUUUCUUGCUUUUGCUGAGAAAAGAACAUCAUCACGUGAUCAGGACGCCACUCUCCUGGUCAUGAGGAGGGGAACACGGCAGAAUGGGUCCAUUCAGUGGUCACCUGUUCAGGAGCUUAGCACAGCUUGUUUGCCAAGACAUCGCACCAUGAACCCGUGUCCGGUGUAUGAGAAAGAAUCUAAGACACUCUUUCUGUUCUUUAUCUGUGUGUUGGGUAAGACCACUGAGAAUCACCAGAUUUGCACAGGUAAGAACAAGGCUCGGCUGUGUUAUGUCACUAGCAAGGACAGAGGGCAGAAUUGGAGCAGCACGACAGACUUGACAGAAAGUGUGAUUGGACAUGAGAUUGGAAAUUGGGCCACGUUUGCUGUUGGACCUGGGCACGGCAUUCAAAUGAAGACUGGCAGACUCAUCAUUCCUGCUUAUGUCUAUUAUAUUCAUUGUCGAUGUUUCCCCUGUCAUUUUCCACUUUAUGUAAAAUCCCAUGCUUUUGCAUUCUAUAGUGAAGAUUGUGGGACGACGUGGUACUUUGGAGAAAGAUUAAGUACCGAGUCUUGCGAGUGUGAGAUGGCAGAGAUUGUAGGCCAGGAGUCCAAGAGUGAGCUGUACUGCAAUGCACGAAGCACUAAAGGUCAUAGAGUUGAGGCUUUGAGCGAGAGCAGUGGAGCAGCUUUUGAUCGACCUCAUUUUGCACAGAAGCUAGUAGAGCCCUCUCGUGGCUGCCAGGGUAGUGUGGUGAGCUUUGCUGCCCCUGAGGAACAAGACCACUGUUUAACACCAAAUACAAAGACUUGGCUCCUUUAUACCCAUCCAACUGACAGAAUGAAGAGAAAGGCUCUUGGGGUGUAUUUGAAUAAAUCUCCUCUUACUGCUUCUGGAUGGAGCAAACCAUGGAUCAUCCAUCACGGCCCCAGUGGAUACUCAGAUCUGUCUCCGUGUGAGGAGCCCAAUCGCUUUGCUUGCCUCAUGGAAUGUGGGAAGAAGAGUGAACUUGAAGAAAUAGCCUUUGUGGAGUUUUCUCUCCGUGAUAUCAUGAACAAUCAGUAGCUAUGUUUACAUGCUUAUUAAUAAUCUUAGAAAAAUCAUCAUGUAUAUCUAAAUCAGAAUAAAUUCCUAUCAUAGUUCAUUAUAAUUCUAUUUGUAUAGUGCUUUUAACAACAGACAUGGUCACAAAUCCAGAUGGAGAUUUAGAUUCCUAAUGAGCAAGACAGAGGUGACAGGGCUUUUUGAGGAAAUGGAAAACUGCAAACAUCCUAAACUAAUGUUAGCUAUAGUUACACUUGGCAAUGUCCACAGUAAUACUGAUACAACUGAAAACUCUGGCUUAAAUACAGGACUUCUGUGUUUAUACUGUAACCAAAAAUAUUCAAUUGCCAAAAAAAGUGAAAUUCAUUUAUCUUCUUUUUUGAUUAAUUGUAGCUGGUAUGUGACAGAGGCCUAGGAAAAUUGGCAUAAAAAGGAAUAAAUGUCUAGUGUCUCCUUCCUAGUCUCAGCAUGUGACAUUCCACCCAGAGGCUAUGAUGCAUCUGAUAUCAUUUGUACACUUUUCUGGCCACAUGUCUCAGAACAUUGAAGGCUUCAGUUUGACUGGCUCUCGGUGCUGGUGGUCACGUAAAAGUUUGAACCCAGUAGACGUAAUUAGCCUUUCAGAUAUAGUUACUGGACUGAAAAAAAAAAUCAUUUUGGGUUGACAACAAAUCAGCAUGUGAAUGUAGCCAGUGAUUAGGAGUGGGGGUGAGCAAAACAAUAAGAUUUUCUUCCAAUGGCAUACUGAGCAAAC